AGUUUAAGUGACUGCUCUACUUGAUCAAGAUGGUGGACACUGAAAACCAGCUCUAUCCCCUUACUCCCUUGGAGGAGGAGGAUAUAGACAGCCCUUUAUCUGGAGAGUUCCUACAAGAUAUGGAGAACAUUCAAGACCUCUCCCAGUCUCUAGGUGAUGAUAGCUCUGGAGCUUUAAGUUUAACAGAAUUCCAAUCACUGGGAAAUGGUCCAGGAUCUGAUGGAUCAUUUAUAACAGACACCCUUUCACCAGCAUCCAGUCCUUCAUCCAUUAAUUUUGCCACAGCUCCAGGUAGCAUAGAUGAAUCACCCAGUGGAGCAUUAAACAUUGAAUGUAGAAUUUGUGGGGAUAAAGCCUCAGGCUACCAUUACGGAGUACAUGCUUGUGAAGGUUGUAAGGGCUUUUUUAGAAGAACAAUCCGUUUAAAACUCAUCUAUGAUAAAUGCGAUCGCAACUGCAAAAUUCAGAAAAAAAAUCGUAAUAAGUGCCAAUACUGUCGUUUUCAAAAGUGCCUUUCAGUUGGAAUGUCACAUAAUGCAAUUCGUUUUGGACGAAUGCCGAGGUCGGAGAAGGCCAAGCUCAAAGCAGAAAUUCUAACAGGUGAAAAUUAUGUAGAAGAUUCAGAAAUGGCAGAUCUUAAAUCACUUGCCAAAAGAAUUCACGAUGCCUACCUGAAAAACUUCAAUAUGAACAAGGUUAAAGCCAGAAUCAUCCUUGCAGGGAAAACCAAUAACAAUCCACCAUUUGUUAUACAUGACAUGGAYACGUUGUGUAUGGCAGAGAAGACCCUGGUGGCAAAGCUGGUGGCCAAUGGGAUUCAGAACAAGGAAGCAGAAGUUCGAAUCUUCCACUGCUGCCAGUGCACRUCCGUGGAGACGGUCACAGAGCUGACGGAAUUCGCCAAAUCCAUCCCUGGCUUCUCCAACCUGGACYUGAACGAUCAGGUGACGCUGCUGAAGUACGGGGUCUAUGAAGCCAUAUUUGCCAUGCUGGCCUCAGUGAUGAACAAGGACGGCAUGCUGGUGGCCUACGGGAACGGUUUUAUAACCCGCGAGUUCCUGAAGAGCCUGAGAAAGCCAUUCUGUGACAUAAUGGAGCCAAAAUUUGAUUUUGCAAUGAAAUUCAAUGCACUGGAUUUGGAUGAUAGCGAUAUAUCCCUUUUUGUUGCUGCCAUUAUUUGCUGUGGAGAUCGUCCUGGUCUUGUAAAUGUAGGACACAUUGAAAAAAUGCAGGAGAGCAUUGUGCAUGUACUGAAACUUCACUUGCAAACCAACCAUCCCGACGACACCUUCCUCUUCCCAAAACUUCUCCAAAAAAUGGCUGACCUCCGACAGCUUGUCACAGAGCAUGCUCAGCUCGUUCAGAUAAUCAAGAAGACUGAAUCUGAUGCACAUUUACACCCUUUACUACAGGAAAUCUACAGGGAUAUGUAUUAAGGAUUUUUAGUAUUUUUUCCACAAUAUUUAAAGACAGAGAAACACAGAUGGGAGCAAAACUACUUGCACAGUUACGUGCUGUUCACUCGGCCCAGAGCAGGAAAAAUCUAAAACUGGGGAACUGGAGUGUUACACUUCUUUUGGUUUGGGAUCUUUUGUCUUCUUUUGAAAGAGUGCUGAGAAAAAUACUGGUCAGAGUGCUCAGUGAAGUGUCUUACAAUGGUUCUUUCAUUUGGAAAUUUGAAGAUUGGUAAGGAAUACAUAUUUGUAUAAUAAAUCAGAAUGUUAAGCAACAGAAAUGAACAAAAUUGUWUUUCCUCUUGGCUUAGUCAUUUUAGUAUUAACGUAACAAAUUCAGCACCUUCCUUCCAGGUAUCUGCACAAUCAGAAAGAUGAUGCACUUUUGCCUAAUGGUAAUUACUGAGAACCAGCUAACACUUUUUCUUACAGCACUCAAGUCUAGGUGUAGCAAAUGGCUGGAUGUUACUGUCCACACACUUGUUAAAAAUUGGAAAGAUCUUUGAUCCACUGCUGCUUUAGUUCUAUGAAAUGAUGUACAGCUUUGUAUAAUGUUACGUUGGCAUACUUAGGGUUAGCAUGUUUAAAAGAUGGUUCUUUUAUGAAAUUAAACAAAAUCCAAAGAGUUAUCUAAAAUACAGCAGAGAUAUUCCAACAGUGUUUCUUGAAGAGUAGACGUGAUGAACUGAUGGAACCUUUUUCUAAAAAGUCUUUUAAGGAAAUGUCAAAAUAUCACUGAGGAAAAAUUAAAAAAAUUUAAAACCGUGUAUUUUUGUAAAACUCAUAAUAGCUCAAGAUGCAAUUUUGACAUAAAAAUACUAUUUUGAAUUARCAAGAGUUUUGGAGAGACUGAAAAAUCUGAUCCUGCCCCAGAAAAAAAAAAUAAUUUUAACUUUCCAGCAGUGAUUACUUCAUUCUACUGCAGAGAUGGGUGACUCUGAAUGAAUGAUGGGAUAGGAAGGCACCUGCUUCCUUGAAGUGUCUUGGCAGUGUAGCUGUUUGGACCUGUUUACUUUUCUGAUGAAUGCACUGCUUCAUUUUUUACCCGCUUGGAUACAUUUGUUUCUAUUCCUUCUUAGCCCUCAUUGACAGAAGCAUUUGCUGCGUGUUUCCACCAGAUUUUGUCCUUGUGGAGAAGGUGACGGUAUCACCAAGAGCAGUGUUUGUGGGUGUCAGACUCAGGCAGCACAGUUGAGACUGAGUUUAUUGUGCUCCUACRAGUAAAUAAAUUAUUUUUACAGCAGCACUUGCUCUGCUCCUGGUUCCAAUCAAGCCAUAAGGAAACACCUCCUAACUUUUCCUCUCCAUGGGCUCUUUUCUCAGAGAGCACUGCCCAGAAGUGCCAGCAAGGCUCUGCUGUUCCUCCUCCUUUUUGUUUCUUUGAUGUUCUUUGAAGUUUCUUUUGYAACUUCACAUUAUUACCUCCUGAUUUUACUUUCUGGAGUCAAUCCCAGCAUUUCCAGUGCAGUGAACCUUUCAGGGGCACAGGGGGAUACUUGGUCUUGGUUGAUUGCAGCACAUUUGAAGCACCAGAACCUUCCCUGCAAGRGUUGAGUGCUGAAGGGAGAACAUCACGCAGUGAUUCCUGUUUCAGUGGAAAUUCUUGUUUCUGUCCAGGCUCGGGGGCACAGCUGGGUGCUGGAAAAAUCCCAGGUUUAAAGGCAACAUGGGAUUUGUCCAGGCAGUGAUUGUGGCAGAAGUUACAGAUAUGGAUAUAUUUAGUGUAAAAUAUUGAGGCCUCAAAUUUGGUGAGCAUCUAGGGCAGGAUAGAAACAGAAACUGCAUUUGCACAAAAUUUCCUCCCCUUCUCUGUUGGCAGCAGGAAGAACAGGCCUCAAACACUUACAGGAGGGGACUGCUGGUCUUGCCAGGAGCCCUGAGAUGAGAAACCAGCUGCCUUUUGUGUCCCAGAGCACACAGAAACAAAGAGAGGAUUUUAGGAAUGCUACUGCUUUAUUUUCCCACCCAGCCCUGCUUCACUAAAGAGCUGUGGGGUUUAGGCCGUGGAAAUAAUUGAUUUGCAUUAUUGCUGAUGCAAAAAGUUGUGCAAAUAUCAGCCAUUCUGGGAUGGUGCUCUGAAACYCUAGGAGGCAACUGUUAGUUUAUCAUCGAAAAAAAAAAGACUUGAAAUUUUUCCCCCCAAAGCUCAGAUUUUUCCAAGGGCAAAUUUCAAAGUUGUAUUCCAUAAUCUGGUUGUAUUGUAGGUUCUCAGGAAAAUCAAACACAGCCAGUAUGCACAGCUAUUUUUCCUGCUCUUAUUCUCAAAAUUGGCCAGAACACUUCAAUAAUACUUAAAAGCAUGGAAAAAUUAAUUAUAAAUACUUAAAGUCUCAGCAAAGCUAUAAAGAAUUGAAAAUAGAAUAACUCAGUGAAAGACUGAAUUUUGCUGUUUUAGCAGCUGCUUGUAACAUGGUCCUGUUAUUACCAUAAUUUUUUUGUUAUUUGAAAACCAACAUACAACUUUUGACUACUUCCUUGGGCACUAAAGUUUAAUUUCUGUUUUAAAUUAAUUGCAGACCCUUAAUGAGGGAAAAAAAAAAAAAACCCAGAAUGCAUCUCUGAAUUACAGAAAUAUGAACAAGAUGUUAACACAGCCUAAAAUUCUGGGUGGGUUGCACUGCCCACACUGCUGCCCUGUGGCACAGGGCAGACAAUUCCCUUUCUGAGAAUUAAUGGGAAAAAGAACUCCUCAUUUCUAUGUUCUGCUUUUAUGGAAUUGCAUUUUCUCCUUCAGGAGAUGACUACAGCAGGCUUUGGCCAAGGAGAUUUUACAAUUACUCGAUUUGUGUCCAUUUUUUUGAAGUUUGGAAUCUGAACUAGUCUCAGGUGUAUUUCUGAUCUAUUACUUCAGCAUUUCCCCUACGUGCAGAUAAACGAAUACUUUAAAAUACCCCAUCUAUGGAGGGAAGUAAAGUGAUCAAAUUUUAGGAUUACAACUGUAUUAAAGAUUUAUUGGCUCAUAAGGUGCAGUUUGGAUCUGAUUCUUGCCAAUAUAACUCUCAUUUUACUGUCAUAGCAUGGAAGAACUCUGGUUAGCAGCCAGGCACCACUACCAGCUUAAGGCAAGGGACAGCAGUUCAAUAGGGAAAUAUCCUGGAAGUUUUCAGCAAACAUGCAGAUUACUCAUUUUUGAGCAUUGUUUGGGGGAAAUUUUAUUUAUUUAUUUAUUUAUUUAUUGGGGUGCCCUAGGUACUUUUUUGUCAAAGGGGAAGGGGAGGAAAAAAGGAAAGGUUUGUGCCAAAUAUUAGGGAAAUCUGAUGUCCAUUCUUCUCUCCUCCUUAAAUAUUUUCUUUAAAGCUGCCAUUCAAGAAAAAUCUUAAGAAAAUUAAGAAAAAUCUUUGUACCUUGUUAAAUUUCAGAUCCCACUUUUGCUUUAAACACAAACUGACACCUGGAAAGUUUCCACUUCAGAAAGUGCACCUUUGGUGGUGUGUAAAGGAUCCGUGUUCUGUAUGAAAGUGCACYUUUGGUGGCGUSUAAAGGAUCCRUGUU